CCGCGUCCGAGAAGGAGCCCGAGAUGCCGGGCCCCAGGGACGAGAGUGAGGAGGAAGAGGACGACGACGAGGAUGAGGACGAGGAGGAAGAGAAAGAAAAGAGUCUCAUUGUGGAAGGCAAGAGAGAAAAGAAGAAAGUAGAAAGAUUGACAAUGCAAGUGUCUUCCUUACAAAGAGAGCCAUUUACAAUUGCACAAGGGAAGGGCCAGAAACUUUGUGAAAUUGAAAGGAUACAUUUCUUUCUGAGUAAGAAAAAAACAGAUGAACUUAGAAAUCUACACAAACUGCUUUACAACAGACCAGGCACAGUGUCCUCAUUAAAGAAGAAUGUGGGUCAGUUCAGUGGCUUUCCAUUUGAAAAAGGCAGUACCCAGUACAAAAAGAAGGAAGAAAUGCUGAAAAAGUUUAGAAAUGCCAUGCUAAAGAGCAUCUGUGAGGUUCUUGAUUUAGAGAGAUCAGGUGUGAACAGUGAACUAGUGAAGAGGAUCUUGAAUUUCUUAAUGCAUCCAAAGCCUUCUGGCAAACCAUUGCCAAAAUCCAAAAAAUCUUCAAGCAAAGGUAGUAAAAAGGAACGGAACAGUUCUGGAACAACAAGGAAGUCAAAGCAAACCAAAUGUCCUGAAAUUUUGUCAGAUGAAUCUAGUAGUGAUGAAGAUGAGAAGAAAAAUAAGGAAGAGUCUUCAGAAGAUGAAGAGAAAGAAAGUGAAGAGGAGCAACCACCAAAAAAGACAUCUAAAAAAGAAAAAGCAAAACAGAAAGCUGCUGCUAAAAGUAAAAAGUCUGUAAAAAGUGCUAAUGUGAAGAAGGCGGAUAGCAGCACCACCAAGAAGAAUCAAAACAGUUCCAAAAAAGAGUCUGAAUCUGAAGAUAGUUCUGAUGAUGAACCAUUAAUUAAAAAAUUGAAAAAACCACCUACAGAUGAAGAGUUAAAGGAAACAGUGAAGAAAUUACUGGCUAAUGCUAACUUGGAAGAAGUCACAAUGAAGCAGAUUUGCAAAGAGGUAUAUGAAAAUUAUCCUGCUUAUGAUUUAACUGAGCGGAAAGAUUUCAUUAAAACAACUGUAAAAGAGCUAAUCUCUUAAACUAGAGGACAGAUGGCUUGUUCUCAGAUUUGAAGAUCUGAUUUAUACCAGCAAAGAGAAUGUAUUUUCUUUUUUAAGUCUAUUGUUGGUAGAACUCGCUGCUGACCCUUUUGAGUGUUACAUAUAUUUGAGCUUGCUGUUUUAAAUUGCAUUUCCUUGCAGUUUUCAGUCUUGCAUGGCAGUAAUUGUUCUUUGCUUUCUAUAGUUGUACAUUUUGGAUUUCUUUAUUGUAAGGUCAGAUUUCUGAACUAUUGUUAAUUUUAGUGCACUUAAUGUUAGCUUAAGAUACUUUUAAUCAAAGCAAAAACUAUAACCAGCAUUUAUACAUGCAGAGACUAUUGCAGUAUUUAGUAUAUGAAAUAUUUUGAAUACAUCUUCUGUCAGUGUGAAAACUUAGUGGCAGUUCAUCAUUUUAGAGCACAGCUGUUCAGAUAACCGAGUUGGAACUUUUUCUGCAUGUGUAUAUAUGUCAAGUUGUCAGCAUGACAGAAGUGACAGAUGUUAUUUUUGUAUUUUUAAAAACCAAUUUGUUGUAUAUAAUUUUUUUUUAUUUCUUUUGUGCAGAUCAAUUUUUAAACUCAUGUAGGUAGGUGUCUUUUACACUUGUAACUAAAGAAUGUCAGUGUUCAGCUAGGUGGUAUGACAGAGCAGUCAGGUCAGUGGUGGCAACGCUAAAGCACUGUCCAGUUCUGCUUCGCCCUGAAAGUGUCAUCAAUUUUGUGGUAUGUUAACUAUGUUAAGUGUCACAGAAAUUUUAUAUUGAGUAUAAACCAAAAUCAAUAAAUCAGAGUUCCAAAAAGCUGGGAAAGGGUGAGCACACUUGGCUUAUAUAAUGGUAACUAAACUUGAUAUAGGAAACUGACUACCUUCAUAAUUAUGAUUAAAAGUAAUCAUGCCAGAAGGUAGUAUGUUGACAAUAUAGGUAUCUCUGAUUAAAGGUAUCAGAUUGUAAUGCUGGCAAUGUAUAAGUAUUAUAGAAUCAAGGCUGUUUGAUUUUAAAUUUUGGUCAAUCAAGAUUCUAGGUGAUAAACAUGGACUGCCCCUGAAUUUAAAUUGUCUUUUGACUAUCCUGAUAACCUAUUUCUGAGUUAUAAAAAUAAGCUGCUGCUUGACAAAGUGACAAUUGAUGUACCAACUGAGUGUUUAAUUUUUCACAUCAUAGAUCAGAUAUAUUAAAUAAUGUUGAGCAUUAACAGAUAUUUUCACAUAUUUGACUUUAGUAUAUAUAGAGUGAAAUAGAACAAGUAACUAAAUGAGGACUAAAAAUUGGCUUUACUUUUAAAUAAUUUGUUAUAAAUCUUGACAAUAAAGAAUAAAUUGAUGUUUUAAA